CUCCGUCCACUCCGUGUGAUGAUCUUGCUUAUUUCACUUAUCCGAGUCGGACAAGCUCAAGUUCUGUCUGUGGAGCCGAAUUCACCUCAAAUAUUCAGAGGAGAGACGGUUACACUCACAUGUAGGAUUUCAGGAGGAAAUGGACCGUACUACUGGUACAAAGAUCGUGUUAAUGUUCACAGAUCGGCUGAAAAUUACUACACUAUAAAAGUAGAUCAGAGUCACAGAUACAGAUGUUACGGGUCUAUUGAUGGACGGUCAACGGCAUGGAGUAAUGAAGUGACUCUCUCAGUGAUCGAGAGACCAAAAGCCGUUCUGACUCUGCAGCCUGAUGGACAGAUAUUCAGUGGACAGGAAGUCACUUUCACAUGUGAAAUACGAGGACAUGCAGACACUGAGUGGAUGUACAACUGGAAUAAAGAUGGUGUCCAAAUAUCCUCCUACACUGAGAGCAGGAAAUAUUCAUUCACUCCUGUAGAGUCUCUCAGCGCUAAAUACACCUGCAGCGGACGGAGAAGAAGCGACUCUCAGACCUCAGAGACCAGCAACACUGUUACACUAACUGUGUCAGAAAAACCCAAACCGACUGUGAGAGUGAAUCCUCAGAGCUCCGUCUACACUGGAGACAGAGUUACUCUGAACUGUAAUCUGCUGUCUAAUGGAUGGACUUUCCUCUGGUACAAAGAUCGAGUCCAAGUAGCUGAAGACACCAACACACUCCAUGAUACAGUCUCUAAUGCAGGAGAAACAGUGUAUCAGUGUAAAGCACGCAGAGGAAACUACGACUCAGAGCUCAGUGAUACAGUUACACUUACAGUUAGAGCGCUCCCAAAACCUGUGGUGUCCAUAAAUCCUGAUGAACAGGUGUACAGAGGAGAGACUGUCACUCUCAGAUGUGACCUACAGGAUGAAGAGGACUCUGACUGGAUCUACAGCUGGAAUAAAGAUGGUUCUGGUGUCAGUAGUGAACAGGAGUACAGAAUCAGUAGUGCUGAAACAUCUCAUGCAGGUAAAUACACCUGUAGAGGAAGAGAGAGAGGAGACUCACACUCCUCACACACCAGUGAUGCUGUUACACUGACUGUAUCAGGUUCAACAUACAAUACUGUUAUAGUAUUUGUGUCUGUGGGACUGAGCUUGGCCUUUCUGUUCAUCAUCCUUUCACUGAUCCUGUGUUGGUGGCACAAAUCCAACAAAGGAAAGGACAGAGACAUACAGCAGAACAGCAAUCAGACACCAGGCCAGAACCCGAGUCAGUCAGGAGCUGAGGAUUCUCAGUCAGGACACGCCCCACUUCAGACCGAUGAUGUUGCUGGACCCAGUGAUGUGAUUUACACUGAGCUUGAAAUCAAGCCACAGAAAAAAGCAAAGAAAAAUCAAGUGAAGGCCAGUGUAGAGUAUGGAACUGUUUAUUCACAGCUGAAGCAGAACCAUAGGUGCUGGAGGAGUGAAUACACAACUGAACAGACGAGAGAGAAGAGAGAGAGAAGUUCAUCAUGUGUGCAGUGACAGUAAAAUCAGAGUGAGAUUGUUUUGUACAGGUUCUUUGCACUUGUUUGGUUUAAAAUGUGUGUGUGGGGGGGAUUAAGAACGUGUGUAUGGACAGCAUUAAGAAGUAUUUACAGGGUGUAUUUUAUUGAUUACUUGUGCCACUAUUAGGACUGGUUGUAAAGCAAAAGGAUUUAGUAGUAAUAGUAAGAGUAAUAAAUCAAUGUGACUGA